AUGGUGUUCUGUUUAGGUGACAACUGCAACCAUGAUGGCGUCCCUGGUGUCUGCUUACUCGCUGACGGUUGCCCGUCCGUGUUGGCGGAUCGAUGGAAAUUGAGGGGUGCGAAGCGAUGCGGAUUCAAGGGUCGAGAGCCCAUAAUCUGCUGCACUGAUCGUGAUGUCGGCGGGACCGAGGACCGCUUCGUGGCCACCACGCCUUUCAUCCGGUCCACCACUACGGAAUACACGCCCCCCAUUGCUGACUAUAAGGAGCUGGUCCCUGGAGCCAUAGGGGAGGGCACGUGCGCCCCCGUACCUCAGAAAGAUACCGUGGCCAAAACUGGGAGGAAGGCUUUUGACAAGUGCAUAGAAUACCAAGAGCAACUAGUGUACCCGUGCGAGCGCGGCGUGGACUACACGGGUAAGAAGAGUCGCGGUAACUACUGCUCGCACAACGCAGACGAGCUCAUCGUUGGUGGGAAGGAUGCCAAGCGGGACGAGUUCCCGCACAUGGCGCUGCUGAGUCACGGAGACGGUUCCUCGACUUCCACAGUAUGCGGCGGAACUAUCAUCAGUGAGAACUUCAUAUUGACGGCCGGACACUGUACUUUUGCACCUAGAAUUGGAGAUGUAACAACGGUGAAGGUAGGGCUGCUCCGCAUGACGGAGGACGUUCCCUCGCGCCGCGAGCAUCGCGUCAAGCGGAUCAUCAAACACCCUCAGUACAAGGCGCCUUCCAAGUACCACGACAUCGCCUUGCUGGAGACUGAGACGCCGAUAAUUUUGGGCCCUAACGCGAUCCCAGCCUGCCUCGACAUCGGUGAGACGGUGGACGACUCGCGCGCCGCCGCCACGGGUUGGGGGCACAACAAAAGUUUGGGGGAAGUUCUAGACGUUCUGCAGAAGGUGACACUGCAAAAGUUCACCCCGCAAGAGUGCACGGAGAAAUUCCGAAACGUCCGCCAUCUCACACAAGGCUACGAUGAACGCACGCAGAUCUGUUAUGGCGACCAUGAGGAGAAAAAGGAUACCUGUCAGGGUGACAGCGGAGGCCCUCUCCAGAUAAACAACGCGCGCAUCCACUGCAUGUACACCGUGAUCGGUGUGACGUCAUUCGGAAAGUACUGCGGGCAGGUCGGCAGGCCCGGCAUGUAUACCAGGGUGUCACAUUACGCUAGCUGGAUCGAAAGCAUUGUGUGGCCUUGAGGUCCUAUAAUAAAUUACAAUUUAUAAGAAAAA